AUGAAGGUCGAGGAGCUCAUCAUCGACGGGUUCAAAUCGUAUGCCACCAGAACUGUGGUCAGCGACUGGGACCCGCAGUUCAACGCCAUCACCGGCUUGAACGGGUCGGGAAAAUCGAAUAUUCUAGACGCCAUCUGCUUUGUGUUGGGUAUCGCAUCCAUGGCGACGGUCAGGGCGUCCAACCUCCAGGACCUCAUCUAUAAGCGGGGCCAGGCCGGCGUCACCAAGGCCUCGGUAACCAUUGUGUUUGACAACCUGGAAAAAGAAAAAUCGCCUAUAGGGUUCGAGAACUCGCCCAAAAUCUCCGUCACGCGACAGAUCAUUUUGGGCGGCACGUCCAAGUACUUGGUCAACGGCCACAAGGCGCAGCAGCAGACCGUGCUCAACUUAUUCCAGUCGGUCCAGCUCAACAUCAACAACCCUAACUUUUUGAUCAUGCAGGGCAAGAUCACCAAGGUGCUCAACAUGAAACCGCAGGAGGUUUUGGCCCUCAUCGAGGAGGCCGCAGGGACACGGACCUUCGAGGACCGGAAAGACAAGGCCUUGAAGACCAUGGCCAAAAAGGAGGCCAAGCUCCAGGAGAUCCGCAGCUUGCUCCGCGAGGAAAUCGAGCCCAAGUUGGAGAAGUUGCGCUCGGAGAAGCGUGUGUUCUUGGAGUUCCAGAAAGUCCAGACCGACCUCGAGAAGCUUACGCGCGUGAUCGCCAGCCACAGUUACCAGCUUAAGUCUGCGCAGUUCCAUCGCUAUUCGACGGUGCGCUCCGAGCACGAGCACAUCAUGGGCGACUUGAAUUCCCAGUUGCAGAGACUCGCGUCCGAGGUGCAGAACUUGGCUGUGGACCUCGAUCUGGUGAAAAAACAGAAGGAGUCCGAGCUCUCGGAGGGAGGGCUCAUUGAGGUGCUUCAGCGCGAAGAGACCCGCCUUUCGGAUGACAUUACCCGCAUGGCCACCUCUGCCGAUCUUUCCUCGGAAACUGCCCGCGAGGAGGUGGCUAAGGUGGCCGCCUUGAAACUGCUGCUCCAAACUUUGCAGGAUCAGGCUGCCAACUCCGCCGACAUGUUUGCUUCGCUCGAGGCCCAGUACAACGAAAGCAAGCAGCGCUAUGAGGCCAUGAAGGAGGAGUACAACAAGAAAGAGGAACUUCUAUCGACCUUGUCCACUGGCGUCACUGCAAAAGGAGGCGCUGAUGGCGGCUACAUGUCGCAUCUCAAACAAUGCAAGGACGACUUGAGCAACAGCCAAAACUUCAUCUCCAAGUCGAGGUUGAAGGUGGCACACUUGCGAGAAAAACUCAAGAACGACGAGGCCCGCCUCGCUCUGGCCAAGGAGGACAGCAAGGGGCUCCUUGCGCAGGUCCGAGCUUACAAAGAAGAAAUUGCAAUGAAAGAGACCAAAUUCCUCGAGCAGGGCUUUGAUUUCAAAACAUACAACGAGCUACGGGAUCAGGAGAGCAUGAUCCGCAAGCAGUUGGAUGACUACCAAUACCAGCUCAACGGGAUCAAGAGAGAGGUGGGCAACAUCGACUUCCAGUACUCAAAGCCGUACCCGAACUUUGAUUCCAGCUCCGUCAAAGGCAUUGCUAUGCAAUUGUUCAGCGUGUGCGAUAAGGAAUCGGACAAGGCAAUGGCCUUACAAGUAUGCGCCGGUGGCCGGUUGUAUAACGUUGUGGUGGACAGCGCAGACACUGCAUCUGCUUUGCUCGAGCGUGGUAAUUUGCGGCGGAGAGUCACUAUCAUCCCUCUAGACAAGAUCAAGGUGUGGUCCCUUCCCCACAACAAGGUAGUCUAUGCGAAGAACAAAUGCCCCGACAAGGUGGAGCUAGCAUUAAAUCUCAUCAAUUUUGAGGAAGAGCUUUUCAAGGCCAUGUCCUACAUUUUCGGCUCCACCUUUAUUUGCGCAGACCCGAACACGGCGAAGGAAAUCACAUUCGACCCGAAAAUCAGGGCAAGAUCCAUCACGUUGGAUGGCGACGUGUACGACCCUGAAGGCAACUUAUCUGGCGGUUCGAGAAAAAACAACUCGUCGAUUCUACUCAAGAUGCAGCAGCACAAUCAACUUUCUCAGAAAAUUUCCCAUCUUGUCAAAAAGCAUGACCAAGUCUGUCGAGAACUAAACCGGCUCGACCUGCUAAGUCAAAGCACAAAAUCUUUGCAAAACGAGCUAAACUUGACUAAACACGAGCUAUCUUUACUCGAGAGAAAGAUGGAAAAUAGCCCAGCGACCAGCAUCAUCAAAGAAAGCGAAAUCAAUACCCUAGAAAUCGAAAAGCUUGAAGAGCUUAUACGUGGUGAAGAGGAGAACAGUGCAAAGCUUGAGGAGCAAAUCACUAAGAUCAGCAAUGAUAUUAAAGAGUUCAACCAAGACAAAGGGUCAAAGCUCAAAGAACUAGAAAAUGAGCUCAAGGGCUUGAGAAAGCAGAUUACCAAGGAGGAUGACCUCGUCAAGAAAAGCAGCGACGAAUAUCAGAACUUGCAAAUUGAAGUGGAUCAACAAAAGAUAGACAUUGCGUCAUUCAAAGAAUCCAUAGAGUCGCAUGAAGAGACUUUAAAAGAUGUGAAUUCAAAGAUAGACGAGACAUCUAUCUCUCUUAGCGAGAAAAUUGCAGAGCUUGAAGGCAUUCGCGCAAAGCUCGAGGAUGAAAAGGCGAAAAUGAUUGGUUUCAACGAUGAAAUCAACGAAUUAACUAGUCUCAUCACCGACAAGAACGAGGAAAUGAACCAAGCCAAGCUCUCAUUACAGAAGUUGAAUCACGAUCUCGAGAAGGCAAACGGGGCAACUUCGGCUUUGAGAUCUCAAUUGGAUGAACUCAUCAAAGAGAACGAAUGGUUGACUGACGAAAGUGUGGUCAGUGGGAUUAUCCAGCAAUACCCUGACGUGAAUCUUGCAGAAUGUGAAGCUCAGGCAGCUGUCCUAGGCGAAAGGUUCCAAAACAUGAAAAGGAAGGUGAACCCGAACAUCAUGAGUAUGAUCGAAAAUGUCGAAAAGAAGGAAGCUGCGCUAAUGCACAUGAUCCGCACGAUUGUCAAAGAUAAGUCAAAGAUAGAGAAUACUAUCGACAAACUCAAUGGCUACAAAAGAGAAACCCUUGAUGCUACCUACAAGAAAGUGUCGGAAGACUUUGGAAAUAUCUUUUCAGAUCUUCUUCCGGGCUCAUUCGCUAAAUUGGUGCCUGUGAAUUUUCUAGACGUCACCAAUGGUUUGGAGGUGAAGGUGAAAUUGGGACCCGUUUGGAAAGAAAGUUUAGUGGAAUUAUCUGGUGGACAAAGAUCCUUGAUAGCAUUGUCCUUGAUUAUGGCAUUACUCCAAUUCAAGCCUGCCCCCAUGUACAUUCUCGAUGAGGUGGAUGCGGCGUUGGACUUAUCACACACCCAGAACAUAGGGCAUUUAAUCAAGACCCGAUUCAAGGGGUCACAAUUCAUUGUGGUGUCGUUGAAAGAGGGCAUGUUUACCAAUGCGAAUAGAGUGUUCAGGACCAGGUUCCAGGAUGGUACGUCGAUAGUGUCUUCGAUGUGA